GCCACGCAUGCUUCUCAUUGCAACCAAAACUUGUACCCUGACCUGCAGCUGUACCUUGACCUCCUCUUGUACACUGACCUCUAUCAGUCAGUCCUUUCCUUUGCGAUGUCUGUGUCACUGUAGGGCAUUUCUGACUUCCACUGACCAUGUCUCUUCUCAGAUCUUUGUACGGGCACAGUUUGAGUAUGAUCCGGUGAAGGAUGACCUCAUCCCCUGUAAAGAGGCAGGGAUUCGCUUCAGGGUGGGUGACAUAAUCCAGAUUAUCAGCAAAGAUGACCAUAACUGGUGGCAAGGCAAGCUGGAAAACACCAAGAAUGGCACGGCGGGACUGAUUCCCUCACCUGAACUUCAGGAGUGGAGGGUGGCUUGUAUAGCCAUGGAGAAAACCAAGCAAGAACAGCAGGCAAGCUGUACUUGGUUUGGCAAGAAAAAAAAGCAGUACAAAGACAAAUACCUAGCAAAGCACAACGCAGGUAGAGUUUCCGAUGGGUUUUCUGCACCUUUCCUCUCUGUUCAUACAGGCACCAGCUACAUACUGGUCAAUCAGCUCUUUCUUAUUAGUGAUCUGAUUAGUAAUCUUUAUGUGCCCCAUAAGCAAGAGUAAAAUCAAAUAGUAAGUUUACUGAUGUGGGUGUAUGAUGUCACACAAAAAUAGCGGC